GCCUUCCCCAUUCAAAAGCACCACACGCGUGGACCCCGCCACUAGUCCUAUUCCGUCCUCCCCUUUCCCGUGUCCCACUCGCCCCUUAAUUUCAAAAAAAAAAAAAAGGCUCACCCACACAUGCACAAUCGCUUAUUCAAAUUUAGUACUGGUAGUUUGAACUUUUAAAAAGAAAGCUUCAAAACAAUAUCAUACCAAUAAUCACUUGUAUUUACUUCGUCUUCUCUCGUUAGCUUUCCUUUCUCUCUUCUUAUUCUUUAUUUCUUUAUUUAUUUUUUUUCAAUUUUGGCUUUGCGAAUUACUGUACGGCCGGCUAGAGAGAAUGAGCGUGGUUGGGAGACAGAUGGCGAGAUCUAAUUCGACGGCGCAUCAUCAACGACAAUACUCCGAUAUCUUCCUCGAUGCGUCGUUUAACAGCAAAUGGCUUGAGUCCUCCAAUUUCCCUUCUUCUCUGGAGUUCGGGUUCUAUGGCGAGGGAAGAAUAAGCAGGAAAUCGCCCGAGCCGGGGACACCGCCCGUUUGUUCGAGGUCGUCGAGUUUGAGGAAGAACAGCAAUGAGUACGUGUCGCCAAGUGAACUCAGCCCCGGCUUACUGGAUCUGCAUUCAUUUGAUACUGAGCUUCUUCCCGAGUCGCAGGUUCCUAACCUAUAUGAAGGAUACGAGCUUGAGAAACCUGUUCGUGGUAAAAGUUUUGAUGAUUCUGAACCUUAUUUGUCUACCAACAAACUUCCAAACAGGCCACGUGGAAUGGCUGAGAAUAACCUUCUUAAAAGCAUCUCAGUGGAUAAAGAAAGAGCUAACAAUGUUGCCAAGAUUAAAGUUGUGGUGCGCAAGAGACCAUUGAACAAAAAGGAAAUAGCUAAGAAAGAAGAAGAUAUUAUCAAUAUAGAGGCAAAUUCGAAUGCACUAAUGGUUCAUGAAAAAAGACUAAAGGUUGACCUGACAGAAUAUGUUGAGAAGCAUGAAUUUCUUUUUGAUGCUGUACUGAAUGAAGAUGUUAGCAAUGAGGAUGUGUAUUCUGAGACUGUGGAGCCGAUAAUCCCACUAAUUUUCAAUCGAACAAAAGCGACUUGUUUUGCAUAUGGGCAAACAGGAAGUGGAAAGACAUAUACCAUGCAGCCACUGCCUCUAAAAGCAUCUCAAGAUAUAUUAAGAUUAAUGUACCAUACAUAUCGGAACCAAGGUUUCCAACUCUUUGUCAGUUUCUUUGAGAUAUAUGGGGGAAAAGUCUUUGAUCUGCUUAAUGAUCGGAAAAAGCUUUGCAUGAGAGAAGAUGGUAAACAACAAGUAUGUAUUGUAGGUCUGCAAGAGUACAAGGUAUUAGAUGUUCAGACGAUCAAGGAGUUAAUUGAGAGAGGAAAUGCAACUAGAAGCACUGGCACUACUGGAGCAAAUGAGGAAUCCUCUAGGUCGCAUGCUAUUCUUCAGCUUGCCAUCAAGAGAUCAGCUGAUGGCAGUGAAACAAAGCCUGCUAGACUUGUAGGGAAGCUUUCUUUCAUAGAUCUUGCUGGAAGUGAGCGUGGUGCAGACACAACUGACAAUGACAAACAGACGAGAAUGGAAGGUGCUGAAAUUAAUAAAAGUUUACUUGCUUUAAAAGAAUGCAUCAGAGCUCUCGACAAUGACCAGGGUCACAUACCUUUCAGAGGAAGUAAGCUGACUGAAGUCCUUAGAGACUCAUUUGUUGGUGACUCACGUACCGUUAUGAUAUCAUGUAUUUCACCGAGCUCAGGAUCAUGUGAACAUACCCUGAAUACACUCAGAUAUGCUGACAGGGUGAAGAGCCUAUCAAAAGGGAACAACUCCAAGAAGGAUAUGCCAUCUUCAUUAUCAAAUCUUAGGGAGUCGACUGCAUUGUCCUUGGCAUCACCUUUACCAACUGACACAUUUGAGGAUAAUAUAACCGAUGUUCCUUUUGAAAAGAACAAAUUUGGGUGGUCCAAACAGAUUGAAAGAGAUAUAUCUCCUCCUUUUAAAGUGGAUCAUGUUCCUAGUGGAAGGAUAGAAGGAAAUUUGGCUGUACCAUAUUCAGAUUGUUUCAAGGGCCAGAGAGAUGGUCUAAAUGGCAUGGCUGAGGAUGAUUUUGAGGAGACAUAUGAGCAACAAAAGAUGUUGCAGAAAAUUAAUAGUAAGGCACUGACCUACCAAAUGCCUUCUUUGGAGGAGAAGCUGAAGACUGAUGCUUUGUCAAAGCGUGUGGAUCCUACCAUCUUUGAUGAUAACAAUUCCCAUUUAUAUGAUGAUUUGAGUGCCCUGUUGAAGGAAGAGGAAGAUCUUGUAUCUGCUCAUCGGAGUCAAGUGGAGGACACAACAGAGAUUGUUAGGGAGGAAAUGAAUCUGCUAAUUGAAGCUGACCAACCAGGCAAUCAGCUGGAUAAUUAUAUCUCAAAGUUAAACACCAUUCUUUCACAGAAGGCUGCAGGAAUUCUACAACUGCAGAACCGCUUGGCUCAAUUCCAAAAACGAUUAAAUGAGUAUAAUGUUUUAGUAUCUUCUGGCAACUGAUUUAAUCUGUAGAAAAGGGCUCAUGAAAUCCACCGAUGCAGUUGGCCUGGGACUGCUAGGUGUGUGGAUUUGAAGCGGCAUAUGAUUUGAUGAUUUUCUUCCUUGAUGGUGAGGCAGUUGAUGACCCGCAAACUGUCACCUGGUUACAGAAUUACAGUUCGUAUUAGAGUGGGUCGUGAGAGUGGAAUGUUGAUUCUUUCUUCCUCCAUUUUUUAUGCUUCAAGUAACUGUUGUGGCUUUUGAGUUAUACCGCACUCCAUAGAAAUAUCUUAUAUAUGUAUAUAUUUAUAUGCAUUGCUCCUCCGUUAUUAAAUAUGUAAAAUUUUUGUAGCAGACAGCAGUGUACUGUUAUUGUUAAUAAUAAAGCACCUUGUUUUUGUGUUUUUAAGCUUGUCCUGGUAUAGCUUUAUACGACUUUUUCUAUUUUUGGUUGUUCCUGUCUGGUUUUUACUUGUUUGCAUUAUAUUUCGUUGUUCUUUAGUAAUCUUUACUGACCACGUGUGGGAAGUUGGGCUCAUUUUCUAGGGGAGGGCCAUUGUUGUUUUUGAAACCCAACCCGCAAUCUAAAACCACACGACCUCACUUCACCCAAAUACCUUUUCUAUAGAUUAUAUUCCACUAACAGCCCAUUCCUCUUUAUUUUCUUUUUAAUUCGUAAGUGAGUAGGAAGAGGACACAA